AUGGCUUCCAAGGUGCUCCAGACCAAUUUCGAUGUGGACUAUGUCAUUAGCUAUCGAGUGCCCAGCGACGACAAGGUAGCUGGCGUCAAUCAGUUCAAGAAGCUCAUUCGAGCUCUCACCGAGACCGGCUUGACCACCGAAGUACGACGCGGCGAUGAAACCUCCUUGCUGGUCUUCGUCAAGGCUGCCGACGAAAAGAUAUUCGCGGACGUGGUUUACCGAUCGAGGAUAAAAGACUGGCUACAUGGGGUUCGACAACUCCAACCGAGCAAUGACCCAGCACAAACUCUGAUCUCAGAGCCCCUCACCGCUGCUGAGCGUCAUCGACACAUUCACCACAUGAUAUGCUGUCCACGUGAAGAUGGAGGAGCAGGGAUCACACCUAAGCAUGGCGAAUGGAAGAAUGUUGAAGCCGUGUUCCCCUUGCACGACCAUGUCAAAAACAAGGCAUGGUUGACCGAGUUCACACGCAAGACAUUUCUGACACCAGACGACUUGGACGAGAUCCGGAACACUCUGGGCGAGAAGAUCGGCUACUACUAUGCAUUCCUACAAUCCUACUUCUCCUUCAUGAUCUUCCCUGCGGCCUUUGGUUUCUCCUGCUGGGUCCUUCUCGGCAGCUACUCACCCAUCUAUGCAAUUGUCAACGGUCUGUGGUGUGUCAUAUUUGUGGAAUACUGGAAACGCCAGGAACAAGAGUUGGCUAUUCGAUGGAACGUCAAGAGGGUUUCUUCCAUCGAGGACAAACGCAGAGAAUUUGUACCGGAAAAAAUCACCACAGAUCCUGUCACAGGAGAAAAGGUUGCCUACUUCCCGGCAGUGAAGCGACUACAGAGACAACUCCUCCAAAUCCCAUUGGCAGCCCUGUGCGUGAUUGCUCUCGGCGCUGUCAUUUGCACCUGCUACGCCAUCGAAAUAUUCAUCUCCGAGGUCUACGACGGUCCUCUAAAGUCCGUCCUUGUCUUCCUCCCGACCAUUCUCCUCACCCUUGCGGUCCCUACCAUCAGCAAUUUCCUGACUGGAUUUGCCGAAAAGCUCACUUUCUAUGAAAACUACGAAACGCAAGAGGCCCACGACAAGGCCAUGAUUUCCAAGGUUUUCGUCAUCAACUUUAUCACCUCAUACACGGCUAUCUUCUUGACUUCCUUCGUCUAUGUCCCCUUUGCCUCUAUCUUGGUGCCUUAUCUGGAUAUCUUCGGCUUGACGGUUCUACCAUUUGCCGAGGACGAAAAGCAACUUCAGACUCCAUCUCCAGCAGCCUUCAGCAUCAACCCGAACCGUCUACGCAACCAGAUGAUCUAUUUCGCAGUGACGGCCCAGGUCGUGAAUUUCGCUAUGGAGACAGUCAUGCCAGUUGUCACACAGAGAGGAACCAAGAAAUUCAAUGAAAUGAAGUCCCAGCGUGCAGAAAAGCACGGUGGAACCACGCCCUCUGUCGCUGACCACGAUCCGCCCGAGGAGAAAGAAUUCCUCACUCGAGUUCGGGAAGAGGCUGCUUUGCCCGAGUAUGACGUGACCUCGGAUCUGCGGGAGAUGUGCAUGCAGUUCGGCUACCUCUCGCUCUUCAGUGUGAUAUGGCCACUUACGCCCGUCUCCUAUUUCAUCAAUAAUUGGAUUGAAUUGAGGGGAGACACCUUCAAACUAACAGUCGAGUGCCGACGACCUAAUCCUGCCCGAGCAGAUUCCAUUGGACCCUGGCUUGACAGCCUUGAAUUCCUCGCAUGGCUCGGCAGCAUCACCUCAGCUGCCUUGGUGUACAUGUUCUCGGACGGCGAUGGACAUGGACCGGACGGCAGACCACACGCAAUCAAACUCUGGGCACUCCUGCUUAGCGUUUUUGUCUCUGAGCAUACCUUCCUUGUGGUCCGACUGCUUGUCAGGACAGCGAUCAGUAAGCUCGAUUCCGCGGCUAUGCGCAAAGAACGCAGCGAACGCUUCAUGGUGCGGCGCAAGUACCUCGAAGAAGCCGGAUUGGGUCAUGCCGUCAAACCCCUUGCCUCACCGCCUAACAGUCCCCUGAUGACGGAAUUGGGAGAACACGCAUUUGCUAGCAUCACCAGGCAGAGUCUUGAAGAAGACGCGAGGAGGCAGAGCGUAUCUACUGCUAACACGACGGAUAGUGCGAGCGAGAGAUUUUGGUUGCGGCAGCGGAACUGGGCCGAGUGUGAGAGGGUCGGUCUGGCCAUGAUUGACUUAAUGGACCUUGGGACGAGCGCGGGAAAGAAGGCACAAUGA